AUGUCUUAAUUGAAAAAACUUCAAUAUGCAGAGUUUUAAAUAAUUUAUCCAAUAACUGGAAAAACAGGAUUAUAUAAAAAGGGUUUAGAGUAAUGGAUCUGCAAGUAAAUUGUUCUUCAAAAAAAGACAUAAAAGGAAUUGAUUGAUGAAAUUGAUUAAAUGAAAAUUCGUUUAUCAAAAGCAGGUAUUUAUAUUCCAGAAGGAUAUUUGGAAGAUAAAUAAGGAAUAAGUUUAGUAUAUAAGAGAUUCAAAAAUUCAAUGGGUGAUUUAAUAAGAGUACAUAGAAGAUAGGGAAAAUUCAUUGCAAUGAAUUUGAUGUAGAAAUAUGUAGAUGAAUAUACAAAUUGGUUAGAUAAAAUACAUAAAUCAAAGAAAACAGAAGCAUAGCGAUUUUGUCAUUGUAGAAUAAAACCUUAAAAUUUAUUUGAGGAUGAAGAUGGAAAUUGUGUAAUUACAGACUUUUAAUAAUUUUCAAAUGAGAAUAAUGAAUAUUAUUUGCCUCCAGAGUCAAUAGCAAUAAUAAAGAAGAAUUAAAGUUAAAGAUUUGCAUAAUCAGGAUAAGGAGAUUAAUUUGGAGUAGAUCCAUAGAAAAUAGAUGUAUGGUAGUUAGGAAUAGUAUUUUUAUAAAUGGCUUCAUUAAGAGAAAUAGAAGAAUUAAUUGUAUUUAGAGAUCUUUAAGCACAUGAAUCUUAAAAAGCAAUAGAAAUAAGAGAAAUAGUUAGAAAAACAUAUGGUAAUCAUUUAAUAAAUUUGAUUGAGAAAAUGUUGGAAAAGAAUCCAAAUAAUAGACCAUUGUUAUCAGAUUUAGAAGAUUUAGUUUAAGAUUUCUUUUCUUAGAAUGCAAUAAUAGCAGAUGAAAAAUUAAUAUUACCAUAACCUGAAUUAUUGUUGGAAGAAUUAAAAGAGAAAUCUAAAUAAUAAAAAUAAUAAACAGCUACAUAAUAUUUAUCAAAAUAUUAAUUGUAGCCAGUAAGUAGAAGAAUAAAAGCUGAUUAUUUUUGGGAAGCUUUGUAGGAUUUAAAAAUUGAAGUUAAUGCAAGAGAAAAAUAAACAUUUUUAUCUAAGUUUGAUGUUUAAAAAAGUGGUGAGAUUGAUUUAUCUUAAUGGAUUUAAAGUUAAAAGGAAAUUAUUAAAUUAGGUGAAUUAAAUGAUCUUUAAGAGAAAGAAUUAUCAGAAAUGAUGAAAGAUUUACAUAAAUAUUUAGAAGAAUAAUAAAUAAAUCUAUUAGAAAGAUUUAAAGAAAGUGAUACUGAAUCGCUAGGGUAUUUAUAAUUUGAAAAGUUUGAAUAAAUAUUAAAAGAUAAUUAGAUAAAUUUGUCUGCAGAUGAUAUUCCAAUAAUCCAAUAAAAAUAUGAUCCUAAGAAAAAGAAUGUUAUAUAUUAUGAGUAAUUUUGUGAAGAUACAAAGUCUAUGAAUUAAUAAUAAAUGGGUUUGAAUGAAUUAAGAAUUAAAAUGUAUAAAGGUAUUAGAGAUAUUCAUAAUAUAUUCAUUCAAUUUUUUAGACAUUAUGAUACUAAAUCAAGAGGUGAAUUAAGUCAUGAAGAAAUAUAUAGAUUUUUAAAUGAUUUAAAAUGUCACCCAAGUCCUGAAAUAUAAAAAUAAUUAAUCUCACAAUUAGAUCCUACUAAUAAGAAAUCAAUUUCAUUUGAAAAUGUAAGAAUAUUUUUUGAAUAAUUUAUUAAUGAUGAUGUUAGAAUGAUAAUAUAAAGUAUUGUUGAUGGUUUGACUAAUAUUUCUAUGACAUUACCAUAACUUAUAAGAAGUAAUACAAAAAGUGUUAGUAUAAUUACAAAAAAUUAAUUGUUUAAUGCUUUGAAAUAAGCAAAUGAAACACUUAAAAAUUCAGAUUUUACUUUUUUGAUGAGUAUUUUUGGAGUUAAAGAAGAAAUAGAAUAUCCACAAUUUAUAAAUGCAAUGGUAUAAAAAGGUAAAGAUCUUAAAGUAUAAAAUUGGAAAUAAUUAUAAGAAAUUGAAAUUAAAGAAUAAAAGCAAGAGAAAAAAAGUACAUUUGAUGAUCCAGAAGAAUAUGCACAUAAAUCUAUAACUUUCAAUGCAAAAUUAUUUGAUCCUUAAAGAUAAAUAUUAUAAUUUAUAUAUAAAUAGUUAUAAGAAAGAGAAUAAACCCCUAGAUAAUAUUUUAAAUGUACUUUUUAAAGGAUGACUAUUUCAUAAUAUAAAGAAAAAAUAAGAUAGUUAGAAAUAUAUAAAGGAGAUUUUGAAAUAGAAUAAGAAGAACUAUUGAAUAAUCUUUUAGUCCCAAAUGAUAGAUCAUUAGUUGAUAUUGAUUUAUUAAUUGAAGCAAUACUUUAUUAUAAGGAUAAAAAAAUAGAGUAAUAUAGGUAUAGUCAACAUAAAGCUAUAAUGUUUGUUGAAUUGCUCAAUAAAUAAAUGAAAAAGAAAAGGAUUCCUUAUGCAGAUAUUGAAGAUCUAGAUACUUUAGGAGAUGGAUAUAUUCGUAAGAAAUAGUUUUAAGAUUUUGUAAAUAAAUAAGUAUAAUUAGAUACAGGAGAUAUUUAAUUUUAAGAUUUCUUGACAAGUAUUUAAUAAGAUUUAUAAAAUAUAUCUUUAUUAAAAUUAAAAUAAGCAUUAAAAUUAGAUGAUGCUUCAAAUAAAUUAUUAUCAGAUAUAAAUACAGAGUUAGCAUAUGAAUAAAGUAAACCGGAAUAAGUAUUUAAAAAGUAUGAUGCCAAUAGAAAUACUAAAUUAGAAUUAAGAGAAUUUGCUGAAUUUUUAUAAUAAUUAGUAGGAGAAGUUGAUUAAAAGAUUGUAGAAACUUUAUUUUAGAAGUUGGAUGCAAAUGGAGACAAUACAAUUAAUUUAUAUGAAUUUAAAUAAAAAAUAUCUAAAUAAGAAGGUGACAUAUCAGAAUAAUAAUAGACAAAAUAUAAAUAUAAAUAAACUGCAUAAACAUUUACAAAAUAAUUAACUCCUUAGAUAAUGAAAGCUGUAUUUAGAUUGAAAGAUGCUUUAAGAGAAAAUAAUGAAACUAUAGAAAUAUUUGAUAAGAAAGGAAGAGGAUAGAUAUUAUUAAAUGCAUUUUAAGAUAUUAUAGUGAGUUUGGGUUUUGAAUUUUAAGAAUUUAAAUAAUUGGCUUAAUAUCUUUUAUCGCCAGAAGAUAAGAAAUUUCUGUAAUAUGAUAAAUUAGCAAUUUUAAUUAAUGAUUGUGAAGAAGCUGAGUAAUUGUUAAUUAAUUUAAAUUAAACUAUUUAAUCAGGUAAAGUGGCAACAGCAUCAUUAUUUUACAAUUAUGAUUAAAAUGGAAAUGAUGUAUUGGAUAAAUAAGAAUUCUAUAAAUUGAUAAGAGAUAUUGAUCCUAUGUCAAGAAAUAAACCAGUUGAUAAUUUAUUUUUGCUUUUAGAUGCUAAUUCUGAUGGAUCUAUUAGUAUUAGUGAAUUUAAAACUAAAGUUUGUACAAAAGAUAAACCUAAAGUUAUGGCAACAAUCAAUAAAUAAUAAUUGAGUAUUUUUGAUGAUGUUAUGAAAUUUGCAAAAGGAUCUCCAACUUUAUUAGGAGAAUUUGAAAUAAGAGAUGAAAAUUAUACAAAUAAAUUAGAUUUAGAAACAUUCAUUAUGGUAUUAAAAAAAAAUAAUGGUCCAAAUAUUUAAUUGCUUGAAAUGAAAGCAUUAGCUGAUUAAUUAGGUGCAUUAUAAGGUAAUAAUAUAAAUUAUAAAAUAUUUUGUUUAAAAGCUAAAUAAUAUUAAGUUGAAACACCUUCCACUAAAAUUGAAGCUAUUCUUACAAAAUUAAAAGAGUAACUCAAAAACAAAAAUACUAAUGUGAUUGAAAUUUCUCAGGAUUAUGAUAUUAAUAAUAAAGGUAAGGUCAAAGUAAAGGCUCUUAAAAUGGGUAUAUCUGAUAAAUAAAUUUUAUUAAAUGAUAAUGAAUGGGAGUUAUUAUUUACAAUUAUAGAAUAAGAUGCGUAAGAUUAUAUUGAUUAUUAUGCUUUUAAUGAUUUAAUUAAUUUAGGAUUAGCUAAAUAUAAAGAAAGUAGAAAAGAUUUAGUACUCAAUACUAAUUAAGAAAUAGAUAGAAUUGUGAAAAGUUUUGCAUAAUAUUUAGAGUAAGAAGUCUGCACUCUUCUUUACAUGUAUAGAUAAACUGAUAAAGAUUAAAAUAAUUUUAUAUCAUUUGAUGAAUUUACUGCUUUAUUGUUAAAAACUAUUGGAUAUAGUACAACUGUAGAUGUUUAGAAAUAACUUUUUGAUAUUUUCGAUAUGGAUAAAGAUGGUAAAAUUAAUUUUACUGAAUUUGAAUAUUAAAUUUAUAAAAGAAAUGAAAUUACUGCAAAAUAAAUUCAAGAGAUGAAAUUAGUAAUGUUAAAUGGUCGUAAUCCAUAAAUGGAACAAUAAUUAUCUGAUUUAUUUCUUAUAAUUUCUUAAGGAAGUCAAUUUAUAGAAUUUAAACAAUUCGCAAAUUAUAUUAAUUAUUUUAAAAAGUACUCUAUGCUUGAAUUAGAUCAAUUGUUUAGAUAUUUUGAUUAAGAAUAUUCUGAAAAAUUAGAUUAAUAUAGAUUUAUAUUAGCAUUUAAGCAAUUGUAAAGAUAAUAAUCAAUUCAAUAGUAACAACCACCUCCUUAAUAAUAAGCUUAUACUCCUUAAUAAUAACCAUAUCCAAAGAAUAUGUAACCAUAACUUCCUAAUUUUUAAUAGACACCUUAAUUUUAAUAAUUUUAAUAACCUCAAUUUUAAUAAUCCCAAUAAUAUAAUGGUUAAUAAUAUGAAUAACCUCAAUAAUAAUAUAAUGGAUUACAGCCUCAAUAUAAUGGAUAAUAACCUUAAUAAUAGUUUUAUAAUUAACAGGAAGUUGGUGUGUCAUUUAAUGCAUCCAUUCCAAAUAGUUCUAUUGCAUAUCCUCCUUAGAAUGUAAUGUAUUAAAAAUAAAUUCCUUAAGGAUUUGAGAGAAAAUAAGAAUGGGUACAAAAUGCUAAAUUUGAUUAAAAUGGAGUUUCACAAGGAUAAGAUUAAUAUUCUUAGAAAUAUGAUCCUAAUUAGGUUUAAUUUAAAAAACCUUAAACAGAAAUUCCAAUAGAAUUUGAUCUUAAUUUUUAUGAUUAAGAAAUCUAAAAAAAAUGCAUUUAAAAAAAUAUUGAUUUUUUUGAUUUGUUAUGUUAAUAUGAUGAAACAUAACUUCCAGAAUUGAAGAUUUCAAAACCUGAUUAAUUAGAAUUAGCAUUUUAAUUUUUAGAAAUAUUAGCUCCAACUCCACAUGUUUAAUAAUAUUACUAUUAUUAUUCAUAGGGUUAAAAUUAGAUGGGAAUAGUGAUACCAUAUUUGAAAAUGAAUAAUCCUGGUAAACUAUUAGCAAAGGCAUUAAAUUUUACAAUGAUAAAACAUAAACAAUAUACAAAACAAUAACUUUGGAAUUUAAUAGGAGAAAAUUAGCCAAUUUGGUAGAUUAAUUAAUUAGAUAAGAUUAAUAAAAACUUAAAAAUUGGUUUAAAUGAAAGAGAAUUAAGGGAUGCAUUUUAAUAUUGGGAUACUGAAUAAAAAGGUUAAAUAUCAUUUAAAAUGUAUGAUGAAAUUCUAACAUUGAAUUAGAUAGUAAUUCCAUAAAAGUAGAAUGGAAUACAAUAAAAAGAUCCAGGUUUAUAAUCAACAUUAGAUGCAUUUAUAUUACAUUUAUCAGAGGUAGUAUUGGCUAAGAAUUGUUUUAAUCUUUAUGAAUAAUUAGAUAAAAGAGGAUAUAAUCAAAUACCUUAUAAUGAUUUUUUAACAGUAAGUAAGAAGUUGAUAGGAUCUAUAUCAGCUGAAGAGAUUAAAUCAAUUAAAUAAUUAUUAUAAUAAAAUGGUUUAAUAAAUUUGAGUGAUUUAGCUAAACUUUUAAGUGUUGAUAGAACUAAAAUUAAUUAGUAUAGUUAAGAAGAUGAGAAGAGAUAAUUUGGUUUAGCUUAAAAGGAUUAACGUAAAUCUAUUUUGAAUGUUUAGAAUAAAGAGAGAUUUAAUAAGAUACUUCCAAUAAUAAAUGAGUUUUUGAAAAAGCGUAAUAAAUCUUAUGAAGAUUUUGCACUCUAUUUCUUUCCGCCAAAUUAAAAUAGUACAUUAGAUAGAGUUUAAUUUACAAAGAAAGCAAUGGAUGCUUAAUUUGGGUUAAGUGCUUCUUAAUGUGAAGAAUUAUAUGAUUAUUUGGAUGCAAAUUCUAGUGGACAUAUUUCAAUAAAUGAAUUUAGAUUAGUAUUUUAAACUAAAUAGACAGAUUAAUAAGUUAAGAGAUAAGCAGAUAAUAUUGUAUAAAGUUAAGAUAUAGAAUAGGAAAUAUUAGAUUUAUUUAAUUAAAUAGAUGAAAAUAAGAAUCAAUAAUUAGAUUAAAGAGAAUUAUUAAAAGCUUUAUAAUCAGUAGGUUUAAAUCCUGGAACUGAAGAAUUAUCAUAGUAUUUUGCAUAAUUUGAUAGGGAUAGAAGUGGAACAAUAUCAUAUUAAGAGUUUUCUCAUAUAGUUAAAGAUAUUUUAAAAAAGGAAUUAUUAUAGGCAGAUGAUUUAUUAGAAGAUUUAAGAAGAGAAUUCAGAUAAGUUUGUAAUCCAACAACAAGAAUGUUAUCUAAAGAAUAAGUUAGUUAGGUAUUUUAAAAUAUGGGAGUUUCAAUUAAAAAUGAAGAAUUAACAGAUUUAUUUGUAGAAAUAGAUGAGGAUAAAUCUGGUUCGAUUGAUAUUGAUGAAUUUAUAUAUUUUAUUUAAAAGAAUUAAUCAGGGAUGUCAGCUAAAGCAUCAGCUGCUGUUAUGAAUAUAAAAGGUAGUAGAAGAAUAUCAUUACAUGAUCUAAAAGAGAUAUUUUUAUCAUUACCUUAAAACUUUAUAAUGAGUUUUGUUAGAGGAUAGAAUAAAAAAUUAUAAAACCUUCCAUCUUCAUAAUUGAAACCAAUUCUUGAUAAUUGUGGAUUCUUUUAUUAAGGAUUAAAUUAUGUAGAAGCAUCUAAUUUCAAUAUUAAAUAAAGUAUUUUAGAUAAGGUUAAUAUUAAAAAUAAUUUCUUAGCAGAAAUUAGAUUAAUUGAAGCAACAGGAAUACCUAUACCAGAUGAAAAGGAUGUUCCUAGAAAUUCAUUUUUAAAAAGAGAAAUUGGAAUCAUUUUAAUUGAUAAAGCAAUAAAUAAAUAUGAAGGUAAUACUAUUUAUAUUCCUGCAACAUGGAAUCCAGAAUAUGAAGAUAGAUGGGUUUUUGAAUAACCAGCUAUGGAAUAAGCAAUAUUAAUGAGAUGGGGUAAUUUUGAUGACAAGUUAGAUAAUCUUAAAGAAUUAGUAUUUGAAUUUAUUACUUAUUCUGUUAAUAAAGGUAGAAUUAUAUAAAUAUCUUGUGCAUAUGGUUCAAUUCCUGUUUAUUAAUUAAAACCUGGAAAAUAAAUUCUUGAUUUAAAAGGAGGUGCUCCAUUAAAAGAUAUUACUAUUGAUAAAAAAGAUAUUAGAACUAAUAGAAAUGGAUGGAGAUCUGUAGUUAAAGCUCUUUCUUCUAAUAUUAAGUCGUAAUUAAUAUUAGAAGUAUUUAAAUUAUCUCCUUAAAUGAUAGCUAAAAUCUCAGCUUUACCAAAUAAAUGUUUACUUAAUAAAUGGGCUUUAGGAAUGUAAUCAGCAUUUAGAGAAUACUUUGCUUAUAGAACUUAAAUGAAAGGGGAAAUUGAAUUAAAUUUAUCUAGUGAUAUAAGAAUUAGAGCAUGGUUACAUUGUUUUGAUUGUCCUGAUACUAUUAGACCUAUUGCAUCAUUUUGGAACGAGUUUAUUGAGUAAAAUUAUUAAUUAUAUAUAUUUAUAGGCCUAAAAUUAAUAAUGAUCAUCAAUUUUUAUUAAAAGCAGUUUCCAAAAUAGCUGAUUCACUAUAUCUUAUGUUUAAAAACACUGAAUUUAAAUUUUCUAUUGGAGAUCCUACAGCUAGAAUAGAUAAUGAUACUGUUCUACUUAAACGAAGAUAAUAAUUAGUGUUAGAAGCAAUUAAUGAUAUGAAAAUUAAUCUUGGACUUCUUGUUUAAUAAUAGUAAAUUUUAUAUUAAUUAAUUAUUAAUAGAAAAAAAGCAUAAAUUAUCACCAGUUUAGAACCCCUAAAUGUUGAAGAAAUGAUGGAUCAUGAUAAUGAAUCAGAUUUGUAAGCUUUAGAAAAAUUUUUUAAUAAAAAGAAAUCAAAAAAAUAAUAAUAAUGA